AUUAGCUACCGAAGCUAAAAGCAUGCUUGCACAGGUCCUUCUGGGCCGAAGUAGGUUCUCUCAGGCAUUUCAUCGAACACUUUCAUUCACCUCUCUAUUUUUCUAUCAAAAUCCUCACAACUUCAGUAAUUUUCUCUGCACCCAAACAACCCAUAGCUUCCCCGAGAUAAAUAAACUAGACCCAGAAGAAGAACAUCAACACGAAGAGAAACCCAGAUCGUUAUCUUUGAGAAUUGAGAAGCUUUCGAGAGGAGAACCGGUUGGCUUAGCAUUUCAAAGCUGGAUGCGUGACGGCUUUCCCAUUCACCAUGGAGACAUUUUUCAUGCUAUCAAUCGCUUGCGGAAGCUUAAGUUGAACAAACGCGCGCUUGAGGUGAUGGAAUGGGUGAUCAGGGAGAGACCUUACAGGCCAAAAGAAUUAGACUACUCUUACCUCUUGGAAUUUACAACCAAACUUCAUGGGAUAUCGCACGGCGAGCAGCUUUUCACUCGUGUUCCUAUUGAGUUUCAGAAUGAGUUGUUGUAUAACAAUCUUGUAAUUGCAUGCCUGGAGAAAGGUGUCAUAAGACUUUCACUUGAAUACAUGAAGAAAAUGAGGGAAUUGGGUCAUUCGAUUUCACAUUUGAUUUUCAACCGCAUUAUAAUCCUUCAUUCCUCCCCUGGUCGCAGGAAACUAAUCCCAAAAAUUCUGGCUCAAAUGAAGGCUGACAAGGUAGCUCCUCAUGUCUCGACGUAUAACAUUUUGAUGAAAAUUGAAGCCAACGAUCAUAAUAUUGAUGGAUUGGUAAAGGUAUUUGGUGAUAUGAAGCGAUUUCAAGUUGAACAAAAUGAGGUUUCGUUCUGCAUAUUAGCUACUGCACAUGCAGUUGCAAGAUUGUAUACUGUGGCUGAAGCAUAUGUUGAAGCUGUUGAAAAGUCUUAUACUGGAGAUAACUGGUCAACACUAGACGUUUUAAUUAUAUUAUAUGGAUGCUUACGGAAGGGAAAGGAUUUAGAGAGAGUUUGGGGAAUUGUGAAACAACUUCCCCAUGUUAGAUUAAAAAGCUACAUUCUCGCAAUUGAAGCAUUUGGUAGAAUCGGACAGCUUGAUCGAGCAGAGGAGCUUUGGUCAGAGAUGAAGUCGAUAAAAGAGAUGAAAUCAACAGACCAGUUUAAUUCAAUAUUAUCUGUAUAUUGCAAAUGUGGACUUAUUAAAAAGGCGACUGCGGUUUUCAGGGAAAUGGAGGUCAAUGGCUGCAAACCGAAUGCCAUUACAUUUCGGCAUCUUGCAUUGGGUUGUUUGACGGCGGAACUAGUGGAAGAAGCCCUGAAGACUCUAGAAAUGGGGAUCGAUUUUAGGGCGAGUAAGAAAAUAAAGAGUUCAACGCCAUGGUUGGAAACUACUCUUUCGAUCAUCGAAAUAUUUGCUGAGAAGGGUGAUGUAGCUAAUGCUGAGAAGUUGUUUGAAGAACUCAAGAAAGCAAAAUAUACAAGGUACACUUUUGUGUAUAAUACUUUAAUAAAAGCUUAUGUAAAAGCCAAAAUUUAUGUUCCUUAUCUUUUGAGAAGGAUGAUCUUAGGAGGUGCUAGGCCAGAUUCUGAAACCUAUAGCUUGAUUAAACUUACUGAGCAGUUUAAAACUUGAUUUAAGUACACUAGAUUUAUACUGUUUAUAUAAGUUUCAUUCAAUUUUAAA